AUGAUGCAAUUGACUUGGUGGUUGGGGUCGCUUGAUGCAUUACCCGGUGAUGAAUUUGACUGGCUCAUACUAAGGUAUUUGGAAAUAUAUCUACACCUAGUAGGUCCCUUGACGGGUUCCGGUUCGUUUUCCACAUGGCGAUUGACAAAUUGGCUAUUGGUAAUUAGUUAUCGUUCCGUCCGCUGGGCCGGAAGCGUGUCGGGGGAUGGAAAUCGGAACUCGGAAGGGUCUUGGGUGAUGGGUGCUUGCAUGUGGGGAGAGAAGAAAGACUUGCCUUGGAGCGUGUGGAGGAGGUCCAAGUGCCUGGUUGAUAAGAUAGAGUUAUCAAGAUAA